AUCAAGUAAUCACACUGAUAUCCCCAGUCCUAGCGCAGACAAGGAACAAGUGUGGCAGAAAUGCCUGAAGUUGAUGCCAAUGAGAAUGAUGAUCCAUUUAUAUUUAAAUAUGGAGGAAUAUAUUUUCCAUCUACGCAUACUUCACCCCAAAUAAUAGAUUCUGUCCAGGACUUUGAAAUUAGAGACAGUGAUGUUUUUCUCAUUACAUAUCCAAAGUCUGGGACAGUCUGGACACAGCAGAUUUUGAGCCUAAUAGUUAAUGAAGGACAUCGGAAUGGAACAGAAGAAAUUCAAAAUAUGUCCAGAGUCCCAUGGAUUGAAUAUAAUCUUAGCAAAAUGGACUAUGACAGCCGCCCUUCUCCUCGUCUUUUUUCAUCCCAUUUGCCUUAUUAUUUUGUUCCAAGAGAUCUCAGGAACAAGAGAGGUAAAAUCAUUUACAUUGCCAGGAACCCAAAGGAUGUGGCUGUUUCAUAUUAUCACUUUUAUAAAGCCAUUAAGAAAGUAAAACAAAAAAAGGACUGGGAAACGUUCCUGGAUGAUUAUUUAUCUGGGAAAGUGCUAAGCAGUUCCUGGUUUGAUCAUGUCAAAGGAUGGUAUACCCACCAGGAAGAUUUUAAUAUUUUAUUUCUGACAUAUGAGGAGAUGAAAAAGGACCUACGAUCCUCUGUGCGGCAAAUCUGCAGGUUUGUGGAGAAAGAACUCGACGAGAGAGAAGUGGACACUAUUGUAGAGAAAGCAACAUUCCAAAACAUGAAACAGGACCCUCUUGCUAAUUAUACUACUGUGCCAGAAGACACUUUGGACGUGAAGAUAGCAACACACCUUCGGAAAGGUACAGUUGGAGACUGGAAAAACCUAAUGACUGUAGCACAAAAUGAGAAAUUUGAUAAGAUUUAUAGUGAAAAAAUGAUAGGCGUACCCAUCAACUUUACUUGGGAUAUCAGUGAGGGAAACUAAAUUGUAUGUUAUCCUCUGUAACUAAUAAUAAUAAUGUCUUUAAAAUAAAAGAUUUUAAAAUAUCAAUAAAGUUGUUUUGUCUAC